UGUUUUGAGGAAAGUACUUUGUAAACCUUGAAAUGAUUUAAUGUGAGCCCUUAUCAUGAUGAAAGAUUCUGAAGAUUCUGGCAAACUCUCCCUAAAAUUUCUGUGUCUCAGAAUCAAUAUUAGGUAUGAGUUCCAAGGUAGAAAGGGCUAAGAAGUGGCUAAGAUCAAAUUUGAACCCACUUGUCUGUAGACAUACAGCUCAAUCCAAUGAGUCCCCUGGCUGCCCCCUUCUGAGGAAUAUUAACAGACCUUGUACAAUAUAUUCUUUUCUGAAAAGUAUACUCGUGUAUGAAGUAAACUACCUUUUAUUUUUCCCAUCCUGGAAGUAUUUGUGAGCAAAAAUUGGUACUAUGACCCAAAGAGAUGGAAACAGUCCUAAAUCAGCAGUUGAGUAGACAUAGUUUCUCCAGAACCUGGCUCUGUUACUUGUUUUCAGGUAGCCUCCAAGUAGUCUUUGCAGUUCUUCAGCUUAAUAACAAUAAGAGGUGGAGUGCUUAAUCCUUUUAAGUAAAAGAUAAACAAGGUGGAAGGCGUGUCUUCCCAUCUCCCCUCCGCCCCUCUUAGGUUGUAGGUCACAUGAAUAGAGAACACUUCCCCAUUCCCAGUCCCAAUCUCUAGCAGGGAUUGUGCGAAUUCUUAAAACCGGGCAAGCACAGACAAGUGGCACCGGAAGAAGGGCAACAGGACCCUCAAAGCAUCCGAAAAAUCCGAGGCAGAAAAAUGCCCCAGUUUACAGUAACUAAGGUAGAGGACACAGAAGAGGGAGCAGCAGUUCGUGUCAUUCCAGAAGAGCCCAAUUUGGCUGAGGCAAAAGCCCAGAUUCAGGAUCCCUGUGAACCAGACCCAAGUCAGAACUCCAUCACAGGAGAACACAGCCAGCUGCUAGAUGAUGGUCACAAGAAAGCUCGAAAUGCUUAUCUCAACAACUCCAAUUUUGAAGAGGGGGAUGAAUAUUUUGACAAAAACCUGGCACUCUUUGAGGAAGAAAUGGAUACCAGACCAAAGGUGUCUUCACUGCUUAACCGCAUGGCUAAUUAUACUAAUUUGACACAAGGAGCAAAGGAACAUGAAGAAGCCGAGAACAUUACAGAAGGGAAAAAAAAGCCCACCAAGAGUCCCCAAAUGGGCACUUUCAUGGGUGUGUACCUCCCAUGUCUACAGAAUAUUUUUGGAGUGAUCCUUUUUCUGCGCCUCACAUGGGUGGUAGGCACAGCUGGAGUUCUACAGGCCUUUGCCAUUGUCCUCAUCUGCUGCUGCUGUACAAUGCUAACUGCCAUCUCCAUGAGUGCCAUUGCCACCAAUGGUGUGGUGCCAGCUGGAGGCUCAUACUUCAUGAUUUCCCGAGCAUUAGGCCCAGAAUUUGGUGGGGCUGUAGGCCUCUGCUUCUACCUUGGUACCACCUUUGCAGCAGCCAUGUACAUCCUUGGUGCCAUUGAGAUAUUUCUGAUCUACAUUUUUCCCAGAGCUGCCAUCUUCCGAAGUGAUGAUGCCCUUAAGGAAUCAGCAGCCAUGCUAAAUAACAUGCGUGUCUAUGGCACAGCCUUCUUGGUCCUUAUGGUGCUGGUAGUGUUUGUUGGUGUACGCUACGUGAACAAGUUUGCCUCACUCUUCUUGGCCUGCGUCAUUGUAUCUAUCUUGGCCAUUUAUGCUGGGGCCAUCAAAUCUUCCUUUGCCCCUCCAAAUUUCCCGGUUUGCAUGCUGGGCAACCGGACUCUUUCUUCAAGACAAAUUGACACUUGCUCAAAGACCAAGGAAGUGAACAACAUGACUGUCCCUUCAAAAUUGUGGGGCUUCUUCUGUAACUCUAGCCACUUCAAUGCCAGCUGUGAUGACUACUUUUGUCACAACAAUGUCACAUCAAUCCAGGGCAUCCCUGGAUUGGCUAGUGGAAUCAUUAUUGAGAAUCUUUGGAGUAACUAUCUGCCAAAAGGAGAGCUAAUUGAGAAGCCAUCAGCCAAAUCUUCCGAUUUCUUAGGCAACUUAAAUAAUGAGUUUUAUGUGCAUGUUGACAUUACCACUUCCUUCACUCUCCUGGUUGGAAUCUUCUUUCCUUCAGUUACAGGUAUCAUGGCUGGAUCAAACAGGUCUGGAGAUCUGAAGGAUGCUCAGAAAUCAAUUCCCAUUGGUACCAUCCUUGCCAUCUUGACCACCUCUUUUGUUUAUUUAAGUAAUGUUGUCCUCUUUGGAGCCUGCAUUGAAGGGGUUGUCCUCCAAGAUAAGUUUGGGGAUGCAGUGAAAGGAAAUUUGGUAGUGGGUACCUUAUCCUGGCCAUCUCCAUGGGUCAUUGUUAUUGGUUCCUUCUUUUCUACCUGUGGAGCUGGACUACAGAGCCUCACUGGUGCCCCAAGGCUGCUACAGGCUAUUGCCAAGGACAACAUCAUACCAUUCCUUCGAGUUUUUGGACACAGCAAAGCUAAUGGGGAGCCUACCUGGGCCUUACUUCUUACUGCUGUCAUUGCAGAACUGGGGAUCCUCAUUGCUUCCCUGGAUCUCGUGGCCCCAAUCCUUUCCAUGUUUUUCUUGAUGUGUUACCUCUUUGUGAACCUGGCAUGUGCCUUGCAGACUCUGCUUCGAACACCCAAUUGGAGACCCAGAUUCCGCUACUACCACUGGGCACUCUCCUUCAUGGGCAUGAGCAUUUGUGUGGCCCUAAUGUUCAUUUCAUCCUGGUAUUAUGCCAUUGUGGCCAUGGUGAUAGCUGGUAUGAUCUACAAGUACAUUGAGUACCAAGGGGCUGAGAAAGAGUGGGGUGAUGGGAUUCGGGGACUGUCUCUGAGUGCAGCUCGAUUUGCCUUACUCCGGCUAGAGGAAGGACCUCCACACACAAAGAAUUGGAGGCCUCAGUUGCUAGUGAUGCUGAAACUAGAUGAGGACUUACAUGUUAAGCAUCCUCGCCUCCUAACUUUUGCCUCACAGCUCAAAGCUGGCAAAGGUCUCACCAUUGUUGGCUCUGUUCUUGUGGGAAACUUCCUGGAGAACUAUGGUGAGGCAUUAGCUGCUGAGCAGACCAUCAAACACCUGAUGGAGGCAGAGAAAGUGAAGGGUUUCUGCCAGCUGGUGGUAGCAGCCAAACUGAGGGAGGGCAUCUCCCAUCUCAUCCAGUCAUGUGGCCUUGGGGGCAUGAAACACAACACUGUGGUGAUGGGUUGGCCCAAUGGCUGGCGCCAGAGUGAAGAUGCCCGUGCCUGGAAGACUUUCAUUGGUACAGUUCGAGUAACAACAGCUGCCCAUCUUGCCCUACUGGUAGCCAAAAAUGUUUCCUUCUUUCCCAGUAAUGUGGAACCAUUUGCUGAGGGCAACAUUGAUGUGUGGUGGAUUGUACAUGAUGGGGGGAUGCUCAUGCUCUUACCAUUCCUACUUAAACAGCAUAAGGUAUGGCGUAAGUGUGCCAUCCGUAUCUUUACAGUAGCUCAAUUAGAAGACAAUAGCAUCCAGAUGAAGAAGGAUCUGGCUACCUUCCUCUAUCACCUCCGAAUUGAGGCAGAAGUAGAAGUGGUAGAGAUGCAUGACAGUGACAUAUCAGCUUAUACCUAUGAGCGCACUCUGAUGAUGGAGCAAAGAUCUCAGAUGCUACGGCACAUGCGGCUCUCCAAAACAGAGCGAGACCGAGAGGCACAGUUGGUGAAAGAUCGGAAUUCAAUGCUACGCCUUACCAGCAUUGGCUCUGAUGAAGACGAAGAAACAGAAACCUAUCAGGAAAAAGUACACAUGACUUGGACAAAGGACAAGUACAUGGCAUCCCGGGGACAUAAACCCAAGACGUUAGAGGGAUUCCAGGACCUGCUCAACAUGAGACCGGAUCAGUCUAAUGUGAGGAGGAUGCACACUGCAGUAAAACUGAAUGAGGUGAUUGUCAACAAGUCCCAUGAAGCAAAGUUGGUAUUGUUGAACAUGCCAGGGCCACCUCGAAACCCUGAAGGUGAUGAGAAUUAUAUGGAAUUCUUGGAGGUACUUACAGAGGGGCUUGAGCGUGUCCUCCUUGUACGAGGUGGUGGCAGUGAGGUGAUCACCAUCUAUUCCUAACUGCAUUUGAUCUGUUAAGUUUGACCUAACCCUCUUCACAUAUUUCAAUAAUCCACAAAAAAUUCUCAGAUGAUCUGGCACUUUAUUUGCUGCCAUUCCCAAUGGACCAGAGGGCUGUUUUCUGUACACAUGAUGCUGAACUUUUGCGGAGCUGAGCCUCAAGACCUCCUGUUCCUGUGCUUUAGUGCAAAAGGGAGUUGGAGUUGCCCUUCCUCCCACUUGAUCCCGCCUCCUCCUUCUAAAAGAUGCAAGUCAAAUGAGAAGUGUGUAAAAUGCUUUGUAACUAGAAAGCACUAUAUAAAUGAAUUAUUCCCACAUCAUCCAUGGAAUCUAAAAAUCUUGUCAUUGCCCAGUCUAGGGCACAUUACCACCAGAAAAGACAAAGAGUUGAGGCAGCGAGGAGCAAGGAUCAGAGGGUAAAUUUAAAUAGGACAAGAGGCAUGGUCAUUUUGCUUUGGGAAAGACUGAAGUUGCAAAAUGGAUCUCAGAAACCUUUGCUCAAUUUUGAUCUGCAGAAACUUUGAACUCCAGGAUGUUUAGUCCAAGGAUGAUGCUCAGAGAAGUAUAACAACAUUCCAACAGAAAAAUCCACAGCCACAAGUAUAUGGCAUCUCAGUAUCUUUGUAACCCAUAUGGAAAACUUUCUCAUCUCAUCUUCAGUGCUGUUAUCGUUUGCCUUUCAAGUACAUGUCGUGGUACUGCAAAGAAUGAAAUGAAUCUAUACAAAGUCCUUUCUGGAAAAACUUGGACACCCAUCCCCAAUAGAUGCUGCUCUUUAGUCUGAUCCCAGGAUAAAGCAUGUAUGUACAACUUGUGUACACUGAAUGUUUGAAUUUUUCCAAACUUAGCCCAUUUUGUGGUAUUACUGUAAGGCAAUGUUACACUGGAAAUUACUUUUUUAAAAAGGAGUGUUAUCUAGAUGAUGCAAACCCCAGCUAGCUGCUCAGACUGACACAAUUAUAAUCCAUGGAUACUUAGAGAUGAUUGACUUGAGCAAAAUAAACAAACUUGCAAAGUAAUGAGAAAUUUACUGGGCUUCUCUCACUUUUCCUCUCACCCUCUCUAUUUAGCAGGCACAGUACAGAGCCACAAAGGCAAACAGUAGGGAGAUUGGCUAAUUUGCCUUAAGGAUUAAAUGACUUUAAGAUGGGCCAAUAUUAUAACUGUAAAUUCAGCAAUGGAAUCGAAAGUUCUGGUGCCAUACCUUAAUCUACAGUGCCAAAGUCACUGCAUUGCUAAAUUCCCCUUCCUUCCUUCAAGUGACAAAGAAUAUGAAUUGACAUUGGCCUUGCUUAAGAAGAAGUUCCAGGUUCUAUCAGCCAUUGUGUUGCUUGGUUUUUUUAAUUAAGGUGAAGUGGGAAAAUUGAUAGCAUUGCCCAAUUUAAUAAUUAGGUUUUUGUUUUAGGGUGGGGAAGGACAUUGCCAUUUCCUUCAAUUUUCUCCUUUACUUUGAUUGUAAAGACCUGGCUCUGGGCUUAGAGAUCAAUCAAAAGCCUUAUGGUUGCCAAUUUCCUUUGCGUUCCCAGAAUGGUAUGAGAUACUAAAGGGUCAUUCUGCAAGUUAAAUAUUCUUUUUUUUUUUUUUGUCAAUCACCAGAUGCUUCCAGGCAUAGGAAUCUUUAUAUAAAGAUUUACAUGUGAGAUGACAUGGGCAAUAAUUUCAGAGAUCCGAAGUUAGCCUGAAACCUUUCUUUCUGUUACAGAUUUGUAACACUGCUACUUUGCCUAGGCCCAUGGCCACAUCAUGGACUCAGCUGUUACAUGAUUAUUCUAAAAAUCUCUCCCUUCUUUUCUCACUUAGUAGCAUUUUAAAUGAGUCCUUUUAGAUUCAGAACGUGCAACAGAUGAUUCAGCUAGUUCCAUGGAUAGAGAAGGCAACCCUUCAUUAUAAAAGAAGAAAAUCACUAGUAGCCAAAUACAAAUUAGAAUAGUAAAAACAAUCAACUGUAGUUCCUUUCUUCCUUGAACAGGUCAAGGUAUUAAACCUUGGUUCCAGUUUCUUCCUCCAAAGUGUCAGGAAGGAAAUAGUAGUGACUGUUUAUGGCUUAUGUUAUAUCUUCUAUUUCUUAUUCUUUUCCCUAUCCCAAUUUCCUUUUUAUAAUAUAGACUGGAGUUCAAUACCAGAAGAAAACUUCAUUUGUUCUACCCCAAAACCUAGAUUUUGUAACCAAAACGAUCAUUUCAUGUCCUGAUGAGCUUUUUAGUUUAUCUGAGCAGCACUCCCCCUACCCCAACAAAGGGUGAUGUUUUUAGAGAUCAGGUAGAAUAAAUUAAACAUAAUCUAGAUAGAAAAAUAAAAGACUUUAAGAAUUUCUCCCUGAAGCUUACCAUCAAAAUAUUUUAAAGGGGGCUAGAGGUUUAUUUGUAUAGCCCCUCUGCAUCUAUUUGUUUUGUUUGUUUUUUUAUAUUAUUACAUGACAGAGUAUCGCCCCCUGCCCAGACUCAUUCUUAUUUCUGUAUGGGACAUUAUGUGUGUAUUUUGUCUCUUGUAUCCACAAAGUGUCUCUCAGUCAUUGCAAAGUAGAGCAAUACUGAAAACUCCACAAGAGAAUGCCCCUUAGGGAAAGGGCUGUCUGCUUUCUCAGAAGCAAGGGAAGGGAAGAGCCUUCUACCUUUGGAACAAGAUCAAAUUUGGAGAUUUAGCCAUAAUAUUCCCAGGGAGUGUAGCGUCAAACAUCCUCUUGCUAUUGGUUUCCUCCUUCACUUGCUGAAUUAAAAAUCAUGCUGAGGUGAGUCUUUUAGCAGGGGAUUGGACACUAUUUCACAUUCAUAUAUGCCUCACAGCUUCUUGUGGCAGCUGGGGACUGCCUCUCCCUAAGGAACCCAUUCCCUACCCUGUGAUGGAUUAAAGCACAGUCACCUUCCUCUCCCCAAGUUAAAUAAAAUAUGGCAGGUAGAAAAAGCCCAGGUUCAGUCUGGUAGUAAUAUAGUUUUUCAUUUUUUCUUCUCAUCAUGUAUAAUCUGAAGCUAGCAUUAAUUUGUACAACUCUGCCGCAACUGUCUCCAGCAGUAUUUGUCCCCUCUAAUUCAUGUCAUUUAGAGUUAGAACUUUCAUUUUAAGGAAAAUGGAUUUAAGGGAACUCAUGCAACUUUGUUUUCUUUUCCAAGAGUCAUUCUGAACAGUUUAAUUUAUUGAAAGGAGAGGCAGAAGCAGCCACUCUUUUGUUUACAUGGAAUUAUGGUUUUGAUUGUUGUUUUUGCUCUGUAUUGGAAACAUAAAUAAAGUUUUUUACAUUAUUUUCAGCCA